AUGCCAGGCGAUGAGGAAAAUACCCCAACUACCCCUGACGCACCGGACGAUCCGGUGGUACCGAAGAAACCGGAACCCAAAGAGGAGGGUGCCAAGCCAAAGAAGCCUACGGAUCCCAUCCCUGACCAAGCCGACAUAGAGAACCGCAAACAACUCCUGACCUUGUCCAAACAACGUAUCGGACGAGACCCAAGGCCCCGAAGCGACCGGGGCCGAGACUUCCGCCCGGGGGGCAGCGGGGUUCCCUCAGCCGCGGAACGCCGCAAGCGCUUUGAGACUGGGGUCUGCCUGACCUGCGGAGUAGUCACGGUCCCCACCUCAGACUUUCUCACUGUCACUUUCUACAACGCUGACAUGGAUGACAAUAAAACAGGGAUGCAGGAGGCUGAUCUCAAAGCAGAGUCGCCAUCGGAAUCAGGGCCUCCAGAGAAAUGCACGGAGAGCGAAGACAGCUGUUGGGUGGCCCAGUUGAAUUCUCCACCUUUGGAUGAUGAAGGAGGAAAGGAGACCAAAAGCCCCAAGAAGUCUCUCGGGCAAAUGCUGAGCUUCAGCAGAGGAACCUCGAAAUCCGUCAAGGAGACGUCAACAAAAGAGCCAGGAAUCCUCAGAUCCAGCAAACAGUUGGGAAAGAGCAACUUUGCACACAGAGAAGAUUGUGUGCACGCUAGUAAAGGAAACAGCAGUGCUCCAGAGGAAAGUGCUCCAUCUGUAGUCACGGUCCCCACCUCAGACUUUCUCACUGUCACUUUCUACAACGCUGACAUGGAUGACAAUAAAACAGGGAUGCAGGAGGCUGAUCUCAAAGCAGAGUCGCCAUCGGAAUCAGGGCCUCCAGAGAAAUGCACGGAGAGCGAAGACAGCUGUUGGGUGGCCCAGUUGAAUUCUCCACCUUUGGAUGAUGAAGGAGGAAAGGAGACCAAAAGCCCCAAGAAGUCUCUCGGGCAAAUGCUGAGCUUCAGCAGAGGAACCUCGAAAUCCGUCAAGGAGACGUCAACGAAAGAGCCAGGAAUCCUCAGAUCCAGCAAACGGUUGAGAAAGAGCAACUUUGCACACAGAGAAGAUUGUGUGCACGCUAGUAAAGGAAACAGCAGUGCUCCAGAGGAAAGUGGGGAGUUUGAAGAUGAUAGUAAUAAAAAACAACUACCGUCUGUUCAGAGCUUCAGCAGAAGGAUCUCGCAAUCCUUUAAAGAGAUAUCAACGAAAGAGCCCAGAAUCCUCAGAUCCAGCAAACGGUUUGCAACCAAAUGGAUAGAAGGUCGUGUCCACAAAGAAAGCAGAAGUCAUUCAGAGGAAAGUGGGACGCUUGAAGACAAUUGUAUUACAAAAGAACCACUGUCUGUCAUGGAAAUAAACACACUUAUUCAGACAAGGCAAUUGUUGGAGGCCUUCGAAUACAUAAAGGAUUUUGAAAUGGAGCUUCUGGCUGAAAGAGAUGCCAAGAAAUAUGAAGAUAACCCCAAGGAAUACAGAGUGAAGGCUAAGGACAUUGGCUUGUUAUAUGAUCACGUUUCGAAGGUCAUCUGGCAAAUUGUGCAAGAAACGCUGGAUCUUCCCAGCCUUGAUGAAAAGGCACUGACUUCUCUGCCGACUUUAAUUGAAAAGGAAGAGAAAGCUCACCCUGAGGCCUCAACUGUCUCCUGUGGGGCAGUGGCCCUGGGCUCAGCCAGAAACUGGAGAGAGCUCUGGAAGGCAGCUGUCAGUCAAAGUGUGAAGGGAAGGGUUGGCAAGGUGCCGGUGUCCUUGAAGGACGAUGACGAGUCUUGGCUCUCCGUGCAUUUAGGGUUUCUCAGAACUGCCAUAAGAGAAGAUCUGUUAAAAGUCAAGCUUCACGUGCAGAAAUGCUAUCCACCGGAUUAUAAUGUAUGUGGUAUGUACGUGGAGGCUUUCCACGAGGCCCUCUCUGUGCACUUGUGUGGCUUCCUGGAAGAUAACAGCCUGACACUGAGUGAGCUCUGCGCAUUACUCAAUUGGAUCAGUAACGUUUAUCACAGUGAAGAGUUCUUAGGACAUCCGGAUCUCAAACCAGACAUAAAAACUGAAGACCUGCCCAGCUUGUUAACGCCAGAAGCUUUGGCUAAAUUGAAAAACGAUUAUAUUGAUUCUCUAAAGGAGAAAACAAAGAUAUGCUUGGACAAUAUUCUGGCGCUGCUGGCCGAGAGAAAGUGGGAUUGGGAAGAAGAUGCGAAAGCUCUGCAAAGCCAACCCAGCUCAUUGCUGUCCUUUCAUAUUCAAAUGAUGGUUGCACAACAUAUGAAGGCAUCUGGCAACAUCUGCAACAGCCUGGAAGCGGCGACGCUGGAAAUCAGUUUAAAAGAAGUGACAGAAUUCGUGCCCCGCUUUGAGAAAGCAUUUGUGGAAUGGGAUAAGGAGAACGACCACCCCCAGUUUGUGGAACUCAUGGUGGCCUACAUUAACGACUUCCAUGACUUAAUGACAGGCUUAAAGAGCAAUUUUAGCAUCAGCUGCCAAGAACUGGAAAAGACCCUGAAUGAUGUGAUGCUGCGUUACCAGAAGUACUUUUUAAAUAAACUGAGGCUGAAAACCCAGCCAAUGUUUAAGAAAAUCCUAAGCAAACAGUGGAUUUUACGUAGCGAAACUCUCGACUCGUUCAUCAUGAAAGCGUUGUCAGUCACUGAAGAAUUUUCUAAACCCCUCAAUCAUCUGAAGGAGCCCGUUCAUAAGGAUUUUCUCCAAGAAAUCCACAGGUAUGUGGUUAAAGAAUACAUCACACAAACUCUGAAGUCAAAGAGCAAAAUGAGAAGAAGGAGAUGGGAAGAGGUCAGCAAGCUGAUGAAACAAGAUGCCGCAAUAAUAGAUAACAGUAUGAAACAUCUGGGUUCCAGCUCUGAUUGGCUCUUGCCUGCCAUUCCACAUAUCGCGGACAUUAUUGGUGAGAAGAAAAAACAACAAGUCCGUGAGUGCCUUAAAAACUUGUCUCGGGACUAUCCAGAUAUUAGAAGGGAGCACGUUCUGGCUCUUCUUGCCCUCCGAGGGUGGUGGCCAAACACGAGACAAUCGGUGGCCCAUCAGAUUGACGGACUGUCAGAUGGGUUACAAACUGCAUCCGACAGGACGCUCUUUGCUGAAAUUGAACUUCCCAACACCACACAAUGCUUCUGA